AUGAGCGACAAUAUUCCAACGGCUGUGGCCUCGUCUCUCAUCAACAACGACACCACACCCCCCUACAAGGACGAGCAGCAAGUGACUCGUCUGGCCAUGUGUGAGGAAGAACAGGCGGGGCCAAGCGGCCAUAGCCAGCAGGAGACACUCCAGCAGCAAAAGCAAAAUGGCCAAGUUCAGCAGCAAGACGAAGAUAUCGAUGCUACGCCGGUUUCCCAAAACUUGCGAGAGUAUCUCUCGGCCUGCCACAGCAUGACUCAAGCUGCACAGAGCCUGACUCUCGACCCUUGCGCCUCCGACAAUGCUACGCUUGCCCCUGAGGGAAAAGUGUAUCCUCAACGAAUCGUCCCGUCUCCCAACUUUAUGGAGAAGCAGAGGGGCGUCUGGUCUUCUCUGAUGCCGCACAAGGACUCUAGCCUCUUGCAAAAGUUCUUCCCCUCCAUCGAGCAAGUCCACAAUCAGUAUUUUGCCAUGGAGCCCAUCAACGGCCGCAUGGCGCUCUGCGUCUCCGAAAGAAUGGGCACGUCCUCUGCCGUCAUCACCCUCCUACAGCAAGUCAUGGAGGAUGCCGUCCUCAAAAAGGCGGUUGGGCUGGAGGGCAAGUUGACGUACGGCCCGCUCGAAGGCGACCCUGCCCUGAGUGCCCCUGAUGAAUCCAGCUUCGAAUAUGAUCUACCUGGAUUUCAGCGGCACUGCAGCCUCUGCGUCUACUCCAAUGUCAACAGCGGUCGGCCUGUUCCCGCCGUUGCAAUUGAGUACAGGCCAUCUGACCUGCCCCUGGUGCAGGAGGUCACCGCCGCACUGGCCGAGGAGAUCACCCCUCUGAGCGAUGUCAUCGGCAAGGAAGACGAAAGCUUCACCUUCGACUCCUCCUCGAAGCAGACCAUGACGGCCAUCAUCACCCAGCUGUAUGACUGCAUGGUCAGAUGCGGGGUGACUUAUGGCUACGUGUACACCGGAGUAGCCAUCAUCUUCCUCGAGAUACAGGAAGACCCAUCCGUGGUGCACUGCUUCGUCAGCGUGCCCGACGACGAUGUCUCCGUCCAGGAGGAAUCGGGAGUGUACUUUUCAGCCGUCGGCCAAAUCUUUGCCUUCAUGAUCCGCGCGAUGCAAGCAGGACGCAUCUCUAAUAAAUGGCGCAACAAGGCUGUGAAUCUCGAUGUUUGGAGGACCGACUACGGCGAAGUGCUGCUUAACAUGCCGCCGCUCCCGAGUCCUCGAAGCUCUUCUCCUGCUACUAGCGAUGGCGACGAAGAGCUGGUAGAUGAGGACACGGAGUACGACCAGGACGAACUGGAUGAUGAGCUAUUGGACGAUGAGCUAUUGGACGAUGACGUUGACGAGGAUUAUGAAGAGGAGUCGUAUGUGGCCGUCGAAAUCAGGUUCAAGUUCUCCCCUGAUGGAUUCCUGGUACCCGAGGAUGAUGUUGGGAAGCCAGCCGAAGAAGCCGACAACGCUCAGUCGGACGACGAAGACGCCAUCGUCGACGACGGAAGGCGUACGGCGUGGAUUGGUAAAGACGACCGCAUCAUCGUCAGUGAAGUCAGACGCCGGGAAUAUUGCACUCAGGAGUGCCUCUUGGGCUUGACCAGCGGCGCACCACUGGACACGAGCUGCCCCAACAUUCACAUGCACGGAGACAAGCAUCUCGAUAACGUCGAGUUCUUGAAGCUCGUUCAGGAGCAGCUCGCCCUUGCUAGAGGCACGGGCAGCAACUGCAUCUACCUUCAACUUUCCGGCUCUAUGGGAGACCUCUUCAAGGUGACGCUUGCUACCCGCGGGUACACGUUUGUCGUAAAGGCCGUCAUGCAGGAGAACGUGUCUCGUCUCCUGCGCGAAGGCGACAUGUACACUCGGCUCAAGGGCCUUCAGGGCGGCUGCAUUCCCGUCUACCUUGGAAUCCUGCAGCUCACCUUGCCCUUCCAGCACGAUGCCAAGCAGUACACGCACUUCAUGCUCCUCAGCUGGGCUGGUCGGCCGGUCAAGAAUUACUGGGGAUCGCCUUGCAACCGAGGCUUUGUCUCGUCGACUCAACGAGCGUAUACGGAGCUUCACGAUGCGGGAAUCAUCCACCGCGACGCAAAACUCGGCAACAUGCUCUACAACCCCCAGCUGGAUAGAAUCAUGCUGGUGGAUUUCGAGCGCUCGUCAGCCUAUCGCUGCCGCCUUAAGCAGGCCCAGCUUGGCAAGGCUGACGGCAAUGACAACUUGGACGACGAGGAACGCAACCGUGGCAGUGAUCACGAGUGUGACGGCGACUGCGAGCUGCUGGUUGACGAAGUCGAGCAUGAGGACUUUGGCAACAGCACCGACGAAGAGAUGUGCGACGCUUGCAGGCACACCUACGGCUCCUCCAGUGGUGGCCUGCGAAGAGUCAGCAAGUGCGAGAAUCUCCGCAAGGAGUUUGAGGCUGCCUCUGGCCAUGAACUGUCUCGCGCCGUCAAUGUGAUGAGCUGCUUUGCUCACAAGUGUUACUAUUGA